UUUAAGGAAAUCCUAAAUUUUUUGGUACGCUCCAAUUCCAAAGGACUAGCCUAGCCGAAGGUGAUUUACCAGGUCCAUCUGGUUUGGAGAGGUUGAAGAAGCAAAGCAGAUCGCUACUAGGCCGAUCUGGUUUUUCAGACAUCCGCCGUUGCAACCAACCAACCUCUGCUUCCGAAAAUACAACCGAAGAAUUCCGAUAUCAAAGAAACCCCUUUCCCCUAAAUCAACCUCCAUCUCCGGCCACCGCAACAAUCCACCAUGGAUCAAUCCUUCUUACUCAUGCUCUCAACUCUCCUCCAUCUCCACAAUUACCUCGAUCCCACCAUUUCCCUCCUCCCCUCCACUCCCUCCUCCGCCUCCUCCCCUUCCUCCGCUUCCCUCAACUCUCCCACCUCCCUUCUCUCCUCCUCCUCCGCCGCCCCUCUCCUUUUCUUCACCAUCGCCUCUGUCCUCUCCUUCAUCGCCUCCUCUCGCCCCAACCCCUCCUCCUCCACUUCCCCCACCUCCACCACCACCGCCACUCCCCCUCCUCCCUCCUCCUCCUCCGACUACUCCGUCUCCGCCUUCCGCGCCUUCUCCACCGACCACAUUUGGUCCCUCGAAGCCCCUCUUCGCGACGCCCAAUGGCGCUCCCUCUACGGCCUCUCUCACCCUGUCUUCACCACCAUCGUCGAAAAACUCAAACCCCAUAUUGCCCUCUCCAAUCUCUCUCUCCCAUCCGAUUACGCCGUUGCUAUGGUCCUCUCUCGCCUUUGCCAUGGCCUCUCCGCUAAAACCCUAGCUACCCGUUUCUCUCUCGAACCCUAUCUCGUUUCCAAAAUCACCAAUAUGGUCACCCGUCUUCUUGCCACCAAGCUUUACGCUGAGUUUAUUAAGAUUCCCGUUAGUCGCCGGCGUUUGAUUGAAACCACUCAGGCUUUUGAGGAGUUGACUUCUCUCCCCAACAUGUGCGGCGCCAUUGAUGGCAGUCCGAUCAAGCUUCGUCGACUUCCUGCUGAUCAGAAUUUUUCUACUAAUUACAAUUGUCGAUUUGGGUAUCCUUCCGUUUUGCUUCAGGUUGUUGCUGACAACAAGAAGAUUUUCUGGGAUGUUUGUGUUAAAGCUCCUGGUGGCAGUGAUGAUGCCAGCCAUUUUAGGGAUAGUCUUAUGUACCAUAGGCUUACUUCUGGAGAUGUUGUUUGGGAUAAUGUUAUUAAUGUCAGAGGUCACCAUGUUAGACCUUACAUUGUUGGUGACUGGGGUUAUCCUCUGUUGUCUUUCUUGCUCACUCCGUUUUCGCCUAAUGGCAUGGGCACGCCUGCACAGAACCUGUUUGAUGGAAUGCUGAUGAAGGGUCGGUCUGUUGUGGUUGAUGCAAUUGGGUUGCUUAAGGCUAGGUGGAAGAUUCUUCAAGAUUUGAAUGUGGGUUUAAAUCAUGCGCCACAGACCAUUGUUGCUUGUUGUGUGUUGCAUAAUUUAUGUCAAAUUGCUAAGGAGCCAGAGCCUGAACCAUUGAAGGAUCCCGAUGAGACUGGUCCUGCUCCUAACAUUCUUGAUAGUGAAAAGUCUCUGUGUUAUUAUGGUGAAAGUAUGAGGCAGGCGUUGGCUGAUGAUUUGCAUCAUAAGCUUCAAUCAAGAUAGCUAGUGUUUCAUCAAUUUUUUUUGGAAGGGAAGAUGAGCCUCCAGCCUCCUUUACUCAUAUUUGAACUAGCCAUUUCUUAUACUAAUCUAAACAUUGGAGUGCAAUAGACUCAACAUCACACCAAUGCAAGGAUCUCAUAUGUAGAUUAGUUUGAAGGACAGUGAGACCAGUCCAAAAGGAAACAAGUUGGAGGUCAAGGCUACCUGCAGCAAAGCUGGACAAGAUUCGAGUGCCAACAAAUUCAAUUUUUCCAGCAAUUUGAGUAUAUUUAAAUAAUAAGACUUAUUAGGUUUUGAAUCAACUUCUCAUAUCUAUAAUUGUUGAACUUAAAAAAUAGUUAUAUGGUCAUACAUGCUAAAUGUCAUGGUCAUGCUGUUUGUUGCCCAUAGCCGCAUGUCCGCCCCCACCUCUUUUUAUAAUGCUUUUAUCUUAUGUAUUUCCUUUUGUUAGGUAAUUUGUUUUCUAUGUACUUUUCUUAGUAUGUGAUCGCUCGUCCACAUACUAUAUGAAGACUAAUCAUCAUAUCCUCAUACUAGUGAGUUGUAUGCUAUAAAGUAUUGUUGUUGCUUA